AGGCUCCAGGGCUGCUGGGGAGGAGCGAGGCUCGUCUUUAUCAGUAAGACAGCGCCGCUGCUCGAGCGCUACACUGACCGUCUGCCGCGCGCAAUCACCGUUUGAUCGGGACCCGCGCGGAGUCUCUCCGUUAUCUCGCCGCGCGCCACUGCAGCAGAAGGGCAAGAGGAACUCCUGAGAGGAUCACUUAUUUCAUCUACGCUGACCCUUGCUGGGAGAAAAAAAACACACGGACUUAACUGACACCUGUCCUGGGAGAUACUUAGUCGAAGACCUUUGCGUGUAACUCAGUGGAAGACAGAAGUUUUAACCGUCGGUGCCGUUGAACGCUUGUAACCUUGGAACUCGUAGCUGCUGUUCGGUGAUGAUGGGACCGUUGCUCGUCUCCAUCGCCCUCUGCGUGCACCUCGCUGUCCCGCAUCUCGUCAAAGCAGAUGGUGAGGAUCCGACUUCAGCAGGACCCUGCCAUCCAAACCCUUGUCACAAUGGAGGCACCUGUGAAAUCAGUGAAACGUUCAGGGGCGACACAUUCAUUGGAUACGUCUGCAAGUGCCCAUCAGGCUUCAACGGAAUCCACUGCCAACACAAUGUUAAUGAAUGCGAAAGAAGCCCCUGUAGAAACGGGGGGAUCUGCACAGAUCUGGUUGCGAACUAUUCCUGUGAAUGCCCAGGGGAAUAUAUGGGAAGAAACUGCCAGUACAAAUGCUCCGGUCCGCUGGGCAUGGAGGGUGGAAUUAUCUCCAACCAGCAGAUAACGGCCUCCUCCACUCACCGAGCUCUCUUCGGCCUCCAGAAAUGGUACCCCUACUUUGCCCGGCUGAAUAAGAAGGGUCUUGUGAACGCCUGGACCGCAGCCGAGAAUGACAGAUGGCCCUGGAUUCAGAUUAACCUACAGAGGAGGAUGCGGGUCACAGGAGUGAUAACCCAAGGAGCCAAGCGCAUCGGGAGCCCAGAAUAUGUUAAGUCGUACAAAGUGGCCUACAGCGAUGACGGAAAGACCUGGAGGACGUACAAAGUCAAGGGCACGGACGAAGAUAUAAUCUUCCGUGGGAAUAUUGAUAACAACACUCCAUUUGCCAACUCCUUCACCCCUCCUAUCGAGGCUCAGUAUGUGAGGCUCUACCCGCAGGUGUGCAGGAGACACUGCACUCUUCGCAUGGAGCUCCUGGGUUGUGAGCUCACGGGGUGUUCGGAGCCAAUGGGGAUGAAGUCCGGCCACAUUCAGGACUAUCAAAUCACAGCCUCCAGCAUCUUCAGGACUCUUAACAUGGACAUGUUCACCUGGGAACCUGGGAAAGCAAGACUGGAUAAACAAGGCAAGGUCAAUGCCUGGACAUCUGGACACAGUGACCAGUCUCAGUGGCUGCAGGUUGACAUGCUUCGGCCAACAAAAAUCACAGGCGUUAUUACCCAGGGGGCUAAAGACUUUGGACACGUUCAGUUUGUCGGCUCCUACAAGCUGGCAUACAGCAAUAACGGCGAGAGAUGGUUUAUAUAUCAAGAUGAAAAACAGAAGAAAGACAAGGUCUUUCAAGGCAAUUUUGAUAAUGACACCCACAGAAAGAACGUGAUAGAUCCUCCCAUCUAUGCCAGAUUCAUCCGAAUUCUUCCUUGGUCGUGGUACGGAAGAAUCACUUUGCGCGCAGAGUUACUGGGAUGCACGGAGGAAGAGUGAAGACCCCUAUUCGUUUUCCCUUUGCUACACUUUGGUCCAUAUUCAAUAUAAACUGUGCUUAAACAUGUAAAAUUAAAAUUGUUUUCAACUGAAUUUUCCAGUUUUGUUUUAGGUUUUUUCCUAAAAGCCUAGUUUAGUCAUCUCUCAUGCCCUGCUUGUUUGUCCUUUUUAUGGUCUACGCCAUUUGUUGAAUUAUUUCUUUUUACCUUUUUUUUUUUUUUUUUUUUUUUUUUAGCUAAAUGGAGGAUAGGGGUUAUUUCACUGUGGUUUACGCAGUGGAAGAAUAGCCACUGUACAGUGUCACUUUAAACCAGAACAAAAAAUGACAUGCAAUGCUUUUUGGGCCAUAAUCAAACACGUCACAGAAAAAGACUAACAUUAUUAUGUAAAAUAUCUUUCUACUUUCAUUUUAACAGCAGGCCUGACUGAAGUUAUAUCACAACCGACACUGACAUCGUUGUGUAGACAAAAAAUAUGAUGGUAUUGUAUUAUAUGUAAAACGCAAAAUAACUGCAUGAUGCAAAAAUGAAUAGAAGUAUAAGACAACAAGAUGUAUAAGUUCAAAUUAAAGCAUUUCGUAGAUCAUUUUUAUCAAUCAUUUCAAAUUUUUAUGAUCUGUUUUGCUGUACUUUUUCUAAAGACACUGUUACAUGCCCCAUAACGUAGUGACAUCCCAUAAUAAUAAAAGCAACACUGCAGUACUGGAAGCACCUAUUACAGACCAGUCUUAAUUAAUUUCACACACAGACAACUGUUGGAAAGUUAUGAAGGUAAAGGUUCAUUCACUUACAGGUUCUUACGUAGGCAGUCUGUAACAACGACAGGAGAAAUUUGUAAGAAAAUAAUAUCCUUGGAGAUUAAUUCUUUAGAAGUUUUUUUAAUGUAUACAAUAUUGUUUGUUUAACCUCCAGAUGUCUCAGUUUUUCAGGCUGUUUACCUAUCACCUGUACUACUGUAUUUUUGUUUUUCUUGAUUGUAAAAACCUCAGGAUAGAUGUCAUCUUUUUUUAGUACUUACAAUCAUACAAUUAAAACAACUUGGUGGAAUGCAAAGUCCCUUUGAAAUGUCCCACAUUUGUAUGUGCUUGUUAGAAAAUGUGAAGGAAUAUUAACAUACGGAAAUGUAUUGUAUGGAGUACACUAAGUGGGAUUAUUCUUUCUUUCCCCUUUGCAUAUAAUGAAGUCACCAAUAAAUAACAGCUUUCAUGUAUGGGAAGAUUAGAUACAGAUGUUUAUACAGCUGUUAGGUAAUUGUCAAAAUCUAGUUAAUCAUUUCAAAGGUGAGCACCAUUGGGUUGUGAAAUCACUGCAUCAUUUUAUUUGCUAUUUUUCUGGAAAUUUUCUGGGCUCAUGACAAACAUGUAAUAUAUAUACAAAAACCCAUGAGACGGGGGGAAGGGGGUUUAACACUAUUUGUACAGUCUUGAAUGUGACGAAAAAAAAAAACAUAAAUUCAGUGUAUAUCAAACACCCUCACGUACAGUACCAUAUUUUUUAACUAACAGAUAAAUGUUGGCAUCAUGUUUCCAUGUUUAUCAUGAUUAUCGUCAUAUAUGGAAGUAAUAUCAGUAAUUCUUGUCUAACAUUUCCCUGUGUCUGUGAGAUUCUUCUCUAACACUGUUCAAAUGACGUGUGUGCACAUUUAACAGUUUUGUACAGACCUUUUGAGGGUGACUGUGUAUUAUGAAAAAAAAAAUCGAAAUAUGAGGUCCACAGGCACAUUUUUGAAAAAAGUAAAUAAAUAACAAAAUAUGUAUAUCGGUGGGUCUGAUAGUUCAGCAUUUCCAUUACAUGUGCUGUGAAUAGUGAUCGUUUGAAAACAUGUAUAAGAGUUAAAGUCAAGAGAGACCCAGUGGGCCACAUGCUCUUUUUGUUUUGCAUUUAUGCUGUCAGCUGUUCCAAAAAAAAAAGUCAUGUUUCUUUUUCUUUCAUACAGUGUCAAGCAAGUGAUAUAUGGUAAAACAUACCAAUUAUACACCAUUAUUUCAAGCGAAGUGUACAAAGGAGGACAGCCAUUGCUAACAUAUAGACAGCUCUUUUGUUUGACAAAUAAAAAGACAUCUGUGAAAAAG